GGCAAAUCCAUACCUCAAAGGGGUGAGGAAAAAAAAUUGAUUUGGGAAAUGGCAGAAUCUGAAAGUGGGCACAAGAGUCUUAUGCACAAGAGUCUUCUGCAGAGUGAUGCUCUCUACCAAUAUAUUCUGGAGACAAGUGUGUAUCCGAGAGAGCAUGAGGCGAUGAAAGAGCUUAGAGAAAUUACUGCAAAGCACCCAAUGAAUAUGAUGGCGACAUCUUCGGAUCAAGUGCAGUUUCUGGGCAUGUUGUUGAAGCUUAUGAAUGCGAAGAACACCAUGGAAAUUGGGGUCUUCACUGGCUACUCUCUCUUGGCCACAGCCCUCGCCCUUCCCCCAGAUGGAAAGCAGAUAUUGGCUAUGGACGUUGAUAGAGAGAAUUACGAUUUGGGUUUGCCGGUCAUUGUAAAGGCUGGCGUCGCACACAAAAUUGAUUUCAGAGAAGGCCCUGCUUUACCGGUUCUUGAUCAAAUGAUUAAAGAUAGCAAGAAUCAUGGGAUGUUUGAUUUCGUAUUUGUGGAUGCCGACAAGGUCAACUACUGGAACUACCACAAUAGGCUGAUAGAAUUGGUCAAGGUUGGAGGGUUGAUUGGGUACGACAACACCCUAUGGAACGGGUCUGUGGUGGCCCCAUUAGACGCUCCGAUGCCGAAAUACAUUAGAGACAGUAGAGAUUUCGUGUUGGAGUUCAACAAGGCUAUCUCUGCUGAUAAGAGGUUUGAGAUUUGUCAGCUCGCCAUAGGUGACGGGAUUACAUUGUGCCGUCGUAUCAGCUGAUAGCACCUCUUAUUAUGAAACAAAUGGAGUACAUUUUCAAGUUACGUGACUUGUGGCUUCUUUCUGAUUUAAUAAAACAUGCUAUUGUUAAAACGUGCUAUUGUUACGUGGAUUAAUUAUAUAAAAAAGUUAUAUUCA